AUGUGGAAUCCUCCAAAGAACUACGAGCAUAGGCCAGUCGCCGUUCUCGGCGGCGGAGUCCUAGGCAGGCGAAUUGCAUGCUGCUGGGCAGCAGCUGGGUACAAUGUCACUGUUCGAGACCCAGGAGCUCAACAGCGCAAAGACGCCGUCGACUAUGUCACGCAAAACGCUCAGCAAUACGCCGAGUUGACCGGAAAGACACCAGGAACUAUUCAAGCAUUUGCCGACCUGGACCCUGCCGUGAAGGAUGCUUGGAUUGUUUUCGAGGCGGUUCCGGAGAGUCUCCAUCUGAAAAUCGAGACUUUCGCUUUGCUCCAGAAGCUGGCACCUGCCGACUGCAUAUUGGCAUCCAACUCUUCCUCGUACAAGUCCAGCGAAAUGCUGGACAAAGUCGACCAGGACACAAAGCUUCGCAUCCUCAACACGCAUUAUUUCAUGCCUCCGGACAACCGCCUGGUCGAGCUCAUGACGGACGGCCAUACACAUCCAGAAAUCCUCCAAUUUCUGGCCGCUCGUCAUCGAGAAGCCGCUCUGAUUCCCUUCAUCGCCAGGAAGGAGUCAACCGGGUUUAUUUUCAACCGAGUCUGGGCCGCAAUUAAACGAGAAGUCCUCACGAUUCUGGCAGAGGGAGUUUCGACACCGGAAGAGAUCGACAACAUGUGGAACUUGUUUUGGGGUUCGAAGAUAUCUCCUUGUCGAAUGAUGGAUCAAGUAGGCCUCGACACCGUCACUCUCAUCGAACAACAUUAUGUUCACGAGAGGGGCCUUCCGUCGGAGAAGACGGUCGGUUUCUUGGAGGAAAACUACCUCAAACAUGGUAAACUGGGGAACAAGUGCUCCAAAGGUGGCUUAUACCCCCCGACACCCCAGGGAAUUUCCGACGGGGGGAUCGUUUUAUUGGACUUGGGUAUUCCAAGCUCCUUGAAAGGAAUUCCAAGUCCCCGUGACAUCGGAGGCAAGGGCAGGCUGCUGAAACUCUCCAAGGAUGGUAAGAAUGUCAAGACGUUAGUAUCUGGGGCCGGCUUUCCCGACGGAAUUGCAUUAAAUUCUUUGGACGGGCGUCUCUACUACACAGACAUGGGCACAUUCGGCAGCAACGAUGGACGUGUUCUAUCAUGUGAUCUUGACGGAAACGAUCUACAGGUUAUCAUUCCCCGGGGCGGUGUCCACACUCCAAAACAGAUCGCAAUCGACGAGUUGGCGGGGAAACUCUACAUCUCCGACCGCGAAGGUCUUCGCGUGGUAAGAGUCAGUCUGGACGGAUCCAAUUUCGAGGUCAUUGUGCAGACCGGGGUCUGGGAAAAUCCUGAAGAGCAGGCCGAUCAGACCAAGUGGUGCGUGGGCAUGACCGUCGUUCCAAAGCUGGGAAAAUUCUUCUGGACGCAAAAGGGACCGCCAAAGAGCGGAAAGGGGCGCAUCCUCAGUGCCAACAUCGAUAUGCCAACGGCUCAGAGUCCAGCACAUCGUGCUGAUGUUCGAGUCAUCUUCGACAAGCUCCCAGAACCCAUUGAUCUGGAGUACGACGAGGAGUUGAACAGUUUAUUCUGGACUGAUCGAGGAGAAAUCCCAUUUGGAAACAGUCUGAACAGAUCUCAGCUCAGUGCUGUUGGGGAGACGGUCAAUGGUGGAUAUGCCCGCUUUCCUAAACAUGAGAUUAUCGCCAGGAAUUUUCAUGAAGCCAUCGGGUUGAAGCUGGAUCGCAAAAAUAACGCCAUUUUUGUCGCUGACUUGGGCGGCACUCUCUGGAAGACCGAUUUCAAUGGUGCCAACAAAGUCAAGGUGUACGAAGACAAUGCGGGCACCUUUACCGGCAUCACCCUCCUCCCAUGA